AUGGCGGGCUUCCCUUACCCCUCUUCCCCCUCCCACGCCUCCCUCCACGCGACACUCUACACGCUCCUCUCCGCCUCGAGAACCCCCAUAGGCUUCAUCACCGAGCCUGUCUUCAAUGCCCUCGCCAAGGUCCCCAUAGCCAUAAAAGGCGAACUCGAAGUCUCGCGCACUCGGCGUACCAUCCUCGCAUUUACCCAGGCCAGCGAAGCCCAACGAUCCGCCGCAAUCGCAGCAACCUGCUCACACUGGCGCACUCACAAGACCUUUGCCGUCCUGGAAGGUUGGCGCGACGAGCUCUACCCCGUCUACGAUCCCGGUAACGAACUGCUGUUCAGCGUCGAGCGCAGCGCGAGCUGUCUGUUCGGCGUCGUGACGUACGGUGUGCACAUGACGGCCUACACCCGGGACAUGGAUGCGAGUUUCGGGAUCAAGAUUUGGGUGCCGAGACGGGCGAGCACGAAACAGACGUAUCCGGGCAUGCUGGAUAAUACCGUGGCGGGCGGGAUGGCGACGGGCGAGCAGCCGCUGGAGUGUGUGGUGAGGGAGGCGCAGGAGGAGGCCUCUCUGCCGGAGGGGCUGGUGAGGGAGAAUGUCAAGGCGCAAGGCACAGUUACGUACUGCUAUGUUAGGGACGAAAGGGCGGGCGGGGAGACGGGCCUGGUACAGCCGGAGUGUCAGUAUGUUUUUGACUUGGAGCUGCCCAAGGAGACGCUGUGCAAGCCGAAUGAUGAUGAGGUGGAGGGGUUCGGGUUGUGGAGCGUAGAGGAGGUGCAGGUCGCGCUGGGAAGGGGGGAGUUCAAGCCGAAUUGCGCGGUUGUUAUGCUUGACUUCUUCGUGCGGUGGGGGGUCCUGACAAAGGAGAACGAGAAGGACUACGAGGAGAUUGUGAGGAGGUUGCAUAGGAAGCUCGAGUUUCCCGGGCCACAUAGUGGGGAGUAG